AUGCCACAGGGCUUGCGGGACAUGUUGCCGCCGAUGCAGCUGCGUCCCUACCGGAACCGCCGGCAACUACGACCAGUGCCCUUGCUAUGCCACCUUGACCACCCAUGGCGGCCGUCACAAGUGCCCCUAAUUGUAAUUAAUUAA